AUGUUAGAAGUUCUCCAGAAUUCGACGAUUGCGUCGAAGGAUGGCAAGGACAAUAGGUCUCGUUUCUGGGGGAUAUACAAACGAGUUACAGCAGAAUACGACGAUCAGUUCCUCGUCCGAUACCACAGCGACAUGAGCGACAUCUUGCUCAUCUCCGGUCUUUUAUCUGCUGCCAGCAUGUCUUUCAUUGUCACGAUGGAGUCCAAUCUCAGUCCCGACCCCAGCGACACCACGAAUGCCCUUCUCGCGCAACUCGUGCAGAUCGGACUCGGCAACCUCACUGCAGCGGGCUCCAUCCACGCAGACCCAGCGUCUACAUGGUCGCCGACUGUGCUGGCUGUGGGGGUCCAAAUGUUCGCAUACACAAGCUUGUCCAUGAGCUUGCUAGCGGCAUUCGGGGUCAUACUAGGCAAGCAGUGGCUCGGGUACUACAAGUCGCACAGAUAUGGCCGCGGUUCGGAGGAAGAACAAGGAAAGCGCAGACAAGAGAAGUUCGAUGGCCUCAUCACAUGGUAUUUCGAUGCUGUCGUGCAGUUCAUUCCUGUCUUGCUUCAAAUCUCUCUGCUUCUCUUUGGGAUCGCCCUCGGCGCCAAUAUGUGGUACGAGCAGCCCGGCAUCGCUUUGAUGAUCAUUUCCACAACGAUCUUUGGAUUUCUAUUUUAUUCGCUGACAGUGAUGGCAUGUUUGAUAUCUCCUUCGUGUCCAUUUCAGACGCCGACGUCAAUGAUCUUGUGCAUGCUGGGCAUUGACAGUAAGAUCAUUCUAUGA